AUGGAGACAGUGGAAGAAGGUCAAAAUCAACCUAAAAUUAGGCGAAAACAGAGAAAAUCUGAAAAAAUCGUGGUGAAGGGUGAACUCGAUCGAAUCUGUUCGUUGCCAGAUUGCUUGCUUCUUGAAAUCCUGUCUCAUUUACCCACAACAAAAGACUCCAUUAGAACAGGUACACUCUCCAAACGAUGGAACCAUCUUUGGACUUUGGUUCCUAAUUUAACUUUUAUACAUGGUGGUAGACAUACGUGGCCUGAUUUCGCAUUAUGUGUGGACAAAACCCUAAAUCAAUGUCGCCAAUUGAAGCUUAAGAAAUUCCUCGUGUAUUCCCGUUAUUCUAGAGGAUUUGUUGGAUUUGAAUCGCGUAUCAACAAUUGGAUUCGUUAUGCUCUGAGAUGUAAUGUAGAAGAGUUUAAUUUAAGGUUACCUAAAGAGAAACGGAAGUUUUUGUUAGAUCAAUUUUUCUUCAUCAACACAUGUUUUACUGAUCUGAAAUUACAGGCGUGCGUAUUUACUCCAAUUGGAGCGAUUAGUUGGAAAAAUCUUAGGAGUUUGUGCAUUUCCUUUGGUAAGCUAAAUGAAGAUUUGAUUGAAAACAUAUUAUCCGGGAGUCCUCUGUUGGAAACUUUGGAGUUGAAAUAUUGCUAUGGUUUUAAGAGAAUUGAUAUUACUUCAAAGAGUGUUAAGAAGUUGGUGUUAUUUGGAUACUUGGAUGUUGAUAAUGCAAUCGAUGCCUAUAUUAUCGAAAUUAAUGCACCUUAUGUUUUAUCACUGACAAUCGAAGGCAACCUGUGGUUGUGGAAGCUUUUGUUGCUAAAUGUGUCUUCUUUAGUCGAAGUUUACUUAAAUUAUGAUAUUCUCUUCACUUGGGACAUGACACGGCAAGAAACGGAAGACGAGAUGUUUAAAGGAUUUAUACUAAAGCUUGGCAACGUUAAGGAGCUUAAAAUUGGGGUUUUCUGCUCUUUGGUUCUUUCUCGUUUGCAAACUAAAGGCUUCAUUUUCCCACCGAAUAUGAAGUUUCCAGUUGUUACCUCAUAACUACCAACAUUAAGUGAUUGAUGAUGCUUUGAGUUCAUGCUUAUGCUGUUUAGCU